AUGAAGGUUUUGCUGGGCAGAUUUACUGGGUCUGCCGGCAGUCACGCCCGUAAACAACAUGCAUGGGCAAAAGUUGCUGAAGCAAUUUCGGCAGUGGGAGGUUGCGAACGGACGCCCGAGGAAAUUAAAAAAAAUGGGGAAAUUACAGGUGAGCAUUCUGAUGUUAAAAAAAAAGCAGCGGAUUUGAAGCGUCAAGCAAACAAAACAGGGGAUGGACCGGCCAGAUCAGGCCUUACUCCUCUCGAAGAGAGAGCAAGUGCUCUUCUCGGAGAAGUAAGUGUUACUGGAAUUAGUGAUGGUGUCGAUACAGAUAGUCAAUAUAAUUUACAAGAAAAUGAUUUAUUUACAACAGCACAGUUAACACAAUCGUCUUCAUCAUCUAAGUUAACGCAACCAUCAUCCUCGUCGUCCACAACAACUACAACGUCGCAACCAUCAUUCUCAUCGUCAACAACAACUAGAACACCGCUUGGAUUAUCGAGAUUAUCAAAUGAAUUGUUGUCAAAUAAUAGUGGACUUCGACCAAAAAGACCAAUAUGUGAAAUAGAUAACGACGAAAACACUGAAUCAUCAUUUGAACAAGGUGAAGUACUUGAACCGGGACAAUUUUUAGAAGAAUUACAAAAAGAUGAACGUUCCUCUGAUCGUCCAGUUUCCUUGAAAAAGAAAAAAGAAGACAAAGGUUAUAUUCCCAGUCUAAUGGAACUUGAAAAGAAAAAAUUUGAAAUAGAAGAACAAAUGCUAGUGUGCCAAUAUCAACAAAAUGAAGCAUUAGGUAAAAUUGCAAAAUCAUUGACAGAUAUUGCAACUAAUUUGCAACAAUUAACUCAAACACAGCUAGCACACAAUUCUCUUUAUUCAUUAAACAUUUGA